CCCGGAAUGCAUCAGCUGUUGUUGUUCAGUUUUCAGUCGCUGCGUCCGGUAAUGGCGGUUGUUAGUGUGUGAAUAAUGAAGACUUCUGCCUCAACUUCACUUUGUUUGCCUAUGUAACCCGGCUGUGGAGGUCGAGCUCUCGUGCAACAAUGCCAUCUGUGCAAGAAGACGACUCAUCAGAACUGCUGUACUCAGUACAGCAAACCUCACCUAAAAUAUGCUCAGUUCAGUCACAAAAUUCUGAUCUCAAUUGCCGGGAGAAUGGCAACACUGCAACAGUGAUGCCAUCCUGUACAAAUAUUGACCAACCAGAGGCAUUAUUCACCAGAAAAGAUGUCCCAACAUCUGUUAAAUCAACCACUAAAAACGAGAGCAGUUUGAGCAGGUGUAGUCGCUCAAUAAGCUCGGGUCUAGAGAACGGCUUUUUCUGCUAUGGCAAGACAGUGGCAACGUACCCAUGUUUAUUUAUAUUGUUCUGUCUGGCAUUGACGGGUAUAUGUAGCAUAGGACUCCUGACAUUCACAAUGGAAGAACGGCCUUUCAAGCUGUGGAUACCUCAAGACUCUGACUUUAUUAAGAUUGCCGAGUGGCAGCAGGCAAAUUUUCCUAACAAAUACAGAAUCCAUACAUCUCUGUAUGAGGCAGACAAUGUUCUGACUCCAGAAGUUCUUCUUGAUUUGCUAUUCAUGCACGAAACUGUUAGCUCAACGGUGGCUUUGGUGCCUGGUAAUCAAAAUUCUGUAAGUGCACUCAAUAACAGCGAUGUCAGAAAUUCUUCUGUGAAGGUAGACACGAAUGUAAGGCUGGUCACGUGGCAAGAUGUUUGCACGAAGCUGCCGACCAUCAUGAGCUCUACUUUAUUUGGCAGGAAGAAAAGAAGUGCUGCCAAUAAUUCAAUCUAUCCCCCUCAAAUUCCCUCAAUCCCCCUCAAUCCCCAAUCCCUCCCCCUCAAUCCCCGUACCAUGAAGAAGAGCGAUGAUGUCUUCUUUGUUCAUAGAGAUCCAAGUCAGGGUCCUGUGGAUUUGAGUUUUCACGGCCCCGAUGUCUUCAGCUUGGGCAUUGAUGAAUUUUCAUCUAUUUAUGAUUCUCUGGCGAGUGUUUUUGUUAAGGAGAGCUGUGAAAAAGUUCCUGAAGAUAACAGACUGAAGAGACAAGUUCCUGAAGAUAAUAGAAUGAAGAUACAAGUUCCUGAAGAUAAUAGAAUGAAGAGACAAGUUCCUGAAGAUAAUAGAAUGAAGAGACAAUUUCCAUUUAAUCUCUCCAUGUACUACGAGGACCAGGGGUACACAGUCCCCGACCCUGAGGGUCAGUCGUACGAAGCGUUCCAGGAGGACCUCAGCACCUUCCUCUUCUCGCCCUCAGGAGCAAAGUACCGCGACAGGAACUUUGUGUUUGAUGGAGACCUGGUCUGUGGCAGUCCUGCGCCUCCUGUGACUGCUUCUAGCUUCUUCUUCAGGUACCGUAUACUUCACACGACGUAUGAGGAACGUGCUGCUAUGCACUCUCUGAAGACUGCUGCUCAAGACAGUGGACUGGGGGGACUGGGGGGCGUUGUCGCCCCCUUCUCACCGUACCGUAUACUUCACACGACGUAUGAAGAACGUGCUGCUAUGCACUCUCUGAAGACUGCUGCACAGGCCAGUGGACUGGGGGGACUGGGGGGCGUUGUCGCCCCCUUCUCCCGUAUGCACAGCGGCUGGGAGACGGACGAGGUCAUCGAGCAGGAGCUCUACCAGAACAUGGGCCUGGCUUUAGUAGUGGUCUUUAUGAUGACACUGGCGCUUAUAGCUUCACUUAUACAGAGCCUGCUGGUGCUGCUGUGCGUGGUCAUGACCCUCGUGGACGUGUUUGGCCUCAUGCACUGGUGGGGCCUCACAAUAGACACGGUCUCCUGCAUCGACAUGGUCCUCGCUAUUGGCCUCUGCGUGGACUACGCGGCGCAUGUGGGUCACGUGUUCAUGACCUGCCAUGGCACCCGUGACGCCCGCGUGCGGGAGACGCUCGCCCGCAUCGGCCCCGCGGUUUUAAAUGGCGGCUUCAGCACCUUCCUGGCCUUCAUCUUCCUGGCCAACUCUGACUCCCAUGUCUUCAGGACCUUCUUUAAGGUGUUCUUCGGCGUGUGCCUCUACGGCCUCUUCCACGGGCUGGUGUUCCUGCCUGUGUUGCUGUCCCUGAUUGGCCCGCAGCCUUACGCCCGCCAGCCAAUCACAGCGCGACACGUCAGCGAUAGUACGCCAUUGGCUGACCUUGGUGGUUCCCCACCCGCGGCUCGGCCAAUCAGGAGCGCGGACACAAGGCGGGUGGGGUCCCAGCCAAUGAGAGAUGCCGAUGCUCAGCCAAUAGGAAACCGCGAGAGUUACCAGCCAAUCCCAGCGCACGAUACAUCCGCGGCUCGGCCAAUAGGAAGGGCGGACAUAAGGCGGGUGGGGUCCCAGCCAAUGGGAGAUGCUGAUACUCAGCCAAUAGGAAACCGCGAAAAUUACCAGCCAAUCCCAGCGCACGAUACGUCCGCGUCUCGGCCAAUAGGAAGAGCGGACGUGUACCAGGCAGCCAAUCACGUGCCAGGAGCCAAUGACAUCAUCUACAUCGAUGCUGAUGGCGAGGAAUUCGUCGACGCCGAGGACCAUAAGAUAAAUUUUGAUGGCAAUGAUGAUGAAGGAACGCCCAUUGAUGUUGAUGAUGAUUAUGUUGAAAAUAGUCAACUUGGGGCCAAGAAGAAACGUUACAAUGACGAUGAUUAAUAGUUUAUGCCCCAAGAUAGUACUUGACGAUGAAUAAUAGUUAAUCAUACGAUGAUUAACGAUCAUAAUUAAUUUGAUAUUGAUAAUUAAUGACGCUGAGAG